UCGUUAAUUUCCGUUCGUUGCCCUGCUAGUUCGACGUCCGGUCACAGUUGUAAAUUAUUAUUUAACGAAAAGUUUUUUUGACUUAAAUUUUUACCGCAUUUCUUUGAAAAUCCCAAAAAGAACUUAAAAUGACUUCCACAAAUUUCAAUGUUGGCAUUGGUGACAUAAGAAGAAACACGAGCAAGGUCUUGAAACCACCAGGCGGAGGAAGUAGUGACAUAUUUGGAACGACAUCAUGUGAUGAAGUUAAUCCCCAUAAACGUGGUACAAAUCAGAAGAAUCUUCAAAGCUCUAUUAUUUUGGGUGGUCAAUCACCAAAACAUAGUAAUGGUACAGUUGCUGCUAACGGAAACUCUGAUAAACCUGAUGGUAAUCCAGUGACUGGAGAAGGUUAUGAAGCUCCUAAAGUAGCAGCUACACCAGCUCAGCAUGUUUCUGCUCAAUCUGAACCAGCACCAGAACAAAAGAAGGCAAGCCGUGUGCCACCAGGUGGAUACAGUUCUGGGUUAUGGUAAUUGCUAGGCCAAGAAGACCAUCCAAAAUUUUGUCACAAUUUAUACAUCGCUUUGUAUUUCUAUGAUAUAUUGAUGACCUUUGAUCACUUUUCAUCAAUAAAAUACUUAUUUAUGAUAUAUAAGAAAAUGACUUUCAAUGCAUAAUAUUACAAUUGUCAUUGUUUUAAAACUACCUUACAUUUUAUCAUUCUCAAAUUGUUUGAUUAUUGUUUUGUAAUGUUUGUGAAUUGAUUUAUUCCUAAAAAAUUCUUUUUUAUACACAAUAAAGUACUAUAUUUAUUAA